AUGGAUAACACUCGUGUUGCCCUAAGUUCCAGAGGACUUGGAAAUUGCCUCAAUGAGUGCCUUAAUAUUGGUAUCCUUGAAAGUGAAAUGCAUAGAGCUAUAACGAUUAUUCGUUAUCAUCUCACUGAGGAGCUAAGAGACCUAUACCUCCAUGUUGAGGACCCUUGUGCCCUUUGGCUACAGUUAAGGCAAAGAUUCACGGAUUUUAAAUCUGUGGAUGAGUAUAAUUCUGUCCUGAUGGAUAUAGUUGACGGUCUUAUACUAUGUGAUGAAAUAAUAACAAAUGAGGACUUAAUAUAUAAGACCUACUCCACCUUCCAUCCAGAGGAUGUGCAGCUGAUUAACAAGGCUAAGAAAUUCACCAUCUAUAAGGACCUCUUGUCAUAUCUUUUGGCUUCCGAACAGAGAAAACAGAAAAUCAUUCUUGUCACCAUCGACAAAGCUGAUAAGCUUCUGAAAAGAAUCCGUGAGCUAAGAGACCACAUGGCAUAA